UGCCAAAUCUGGCCACACUGUAUAGGAUAUAGAAGUCGGUGACAAGCAAUUCUUAUGAUAGAAGUGGAUAUAACUGUUGAGUUUUGAAUUUUACCUUGCGUUUUAUUUUAUAAGUAAAUGGCAAUAUAAACAAAAAGUAAUUACUGUUUACGAUUGGUUAUAAACAGUGAGUGCAAAAAUGACGCUCACAAAUAAGAUGGAAAUAGACGAGAAGACUGCGAAAGGAGAAGGUUUUAAACCGUAUUACAUUACUAAAAUUGAAGAGCUGCAGUUGAUUGUAGCAGAAAAAAGUCAGAAUUUAAGGAGGUUACAGGCACAACGUAAUGAGCUUAAUGCAAAAGUACGCAUGUUACGCGAAGAGUUGCAACUUCUUCAAGAACAAGGAUCGUACGUUGGAGAAGUUGUGAAACCAAUGGAUAAAAAGAAAGUUUUGGUUAAAGUACAUCCAGAGGGUAAAUUUGUUGUGGAUAUAGACAAAAAUAUUGAUAUUAAAGACGUAACACCAAAUUCAAGAGUUGCAUUGCGCAAUGAAAGUUACACUCUGCAUAAAAUUUUACCAAACAAAGUUGACCCUCUUGUUUCUCUUAUGAUGGUCGAGAAAGUACCAGAUUCUACAUAUGAAAUGGUUGGUGGCUUAGAUAAACAAAUUAAGGAAAUUAAAGAGGUGAUAGAAUUACCUGUUAAACAUCCUGAAUUGUUUGAUGCACUUGGAAUUGCUCAACCCAAAGGAGUUCUUUUAUACGGACCACCAGGCACUGGGAAAACUUUAUUGGCAAGAGCUGUUGCUCAUCACACAGAAUGCACCUUUAUUCGCGUUUCUGGUUCUGAAUUAGUACAAAAGUUUAUUGGUGAAGGUUCACGAAUGGUUCGUGAACUUUUCGUAAUGGCAAGAGAACAUGCGCCAUCCAUAAUAUUCAUGGAUGAAAUAGAUUCAAUUGGAAGUUCUCGUAUUGAAUCUGGGUCUGGAGGAGACAGCGAAGUUCAACGAACUAUGCUUGAAUUACUCAACCAAUUGGAUGGUUUUGAAGCAACAAAAAAUAUAAAAGUUAUUAUGGCAACAAACAGAAUUGACAUAUUGGAUCCUGCUCUGCUAAGACCAGGACGUAUUGACCGUAAAAUUGAAUUCCCUCCUCCAAAUGAGGAAGCGCGUCUCGAUAUUUUGAAGAUUCACUCGAGAAAAAUGAAUUUAACUCGUGGUAUUAAUUUAAGAAAAAUUGCAGAACUUAUGCCUGGUGCAUCGGGCGCGGAAGUUAAGGGUGUGUGUACAGAAGCUGGUAUGUAUGCUCUCAGAGAACGUCGAGUUCAUGUUACUCAAGAAGAUUUUGAAAUGGCUGUAGCAAAAGUUAUGCAAAAAGAUUCAGAAAAGAAUAUGUCGAUUAAGAAGUUAUGGAAGUAAUUUUAUUACACUAUAUUUCAUUCUUUCUAUAUUAUUUGCAUUUUUUUGUAAAACCAUUUGUGAACUCCAUGUAACUUUGAAUGAAAUAUAUUCGAAAUAAAGAUUAUAGU